AUGGCUUCUGAGAAGCCGUCUUCAAUUACUUUGCCUCCGCUUUCGACAUCCGGUCGCCAAAUCAGCCCCUCGCCGCAGGGAUUAAGGCAAAGGCCACUCGGGAGAGCAUCUACACUCGCGGAAGGAAAUCCCGCGCUUAAUCGGCGACGAAGCUCGUUCCUCUCCGAGACCUUCUCCGAGACACGAAAGUCGCUACGCUCAUCCACGGACGAUAUAUUACUGCCUCGUGCAAAGGAUGAAGACGGGUUCCACGACCACGAUGAUGGUUCGCAUUGGCAGUCACUGCCUUUGGGCCUUGCGCUAUUGCCCGCUGUUGGUGGUUUGUUCUUCAAGAAUGGAAGCGCUUUCAUUACCGACGUGACCCUGCUGGGUCUGGCCGCGAUUUUCAUGAACUGGGCCCUCAGGUCUCCAUGGGAUUGGUAUCGUGCGGCUCAGACGCCUACAUUGAUGGACUCGACAAUCCCAGCCGUCUUCACUCCGAUCGACGAGGAGGAUGAAGACCAUGAUCCACUUUCUCCUAGAGGGGUUGGCGACGAUGGCGCGGCCAAAGUCAGGCCUAGCAUGAGCAGUCCGACUACCAAGCCAGUCAAUGAGGAGGCGGCAGCUGCGCAAAAGGAGCUUCGCGUACAUGAGCUCCUUGCGUUGUUGUCUUGUUUCGUGUUUCCGCUCAUCGCCGCCUGGCUCCUGCACAGCAUCAGGUCGCAACUCUCCAGGCCAUCGGAGGGCUUGGUCUCCAACUACAAUCUCAGCAUAUUCGUGCUUGUCGCCGAGAUCCGACCUAUAGCCCACCUGAUCAAGAUGGUGCAGCGGAGGACUCUAUUCUUGCAACGACGGGCGAAUAUGGACUUCCUAAAGGAAUCAAGUCGAGCGGAUAGUCAGCAAUUCCGCGACCUCACCCACAGGCUGGACGAAAUGGAAGCAUACGUGGCAGACCGUGCUGUCCACUCAGGCAAGCAGAGGGACGAGCAAAUCAACGCUGAUGCCCUCGUAGCCAGAACGACAGCGACCGUGGCCUCGGAGGUAAAAAGGACCGUGCAACCAGAGGUUGAUGCUUUAAACAGAGCAAUGCGUCGAUAUGAGAAGCGGUCGACAAUCUCGUCAGUCCAGAUCGAAGCACGGUUACAAGACCUCGAAAUUCGACUCAACGAUGUGGUGUCUCUGGCCGCGGCUGCUCAAAGAAACGCAGACCGGGUACCGAACAACUACAUCGUCAUUCUAGCCAACUGGGCUUGUGCUCUCAUUGUUGUGCCGGUUCAAUACCUGUUUCACCUUGCAAGUCUGCCAUCAAAAGCUCUGAUGUCGGCUCUCGCUGUUCCGAGGAGAUACCUAAUGAAGAGGUCGAGGUUCCCGCCGCCGAAGGAGGGUAGGGCGACGAGAAAGGGCGCCGCAGCACGGUCAAGCGACCGCGAAAGACGACUGAAGGUGCCUCCCUAG